GACAGCUGCACACUCCUCAACAACAUCAUGGUAGGGCAUUCUAAGGUAACCGUCGGUCCGUGAUGGUCGGUGUCAGUGAGAGGUGCAUCGAACGCACAUAUAUAAUCUCUGCAGGUAGCGGUGUCCAAGUGAGUUCACUUUCCUACUUAUACCCCCCGAAGUUUUCUCAUAAUGUAUUCUCUCAGACUCGUUUUAGCUGCCCUUCUCUCUACUGCCGUUGCGAGGUUGACAUGUGACGUCAAGAACCUAGGUGGAGGUCAGGACGACGGACCUAACAUCCUCGCCGCCUUCAAACGUUGUGCAAAGAACGGCAGAAUAACACUUGACAAGUACUAUGUCGUCGACACUUUGCUUCUUACUGAUGGCUUGGAUGAUGUCGAGAUCGACUUGAGCGGAACGCUGCAGUAUACUCCGGAUAUUGCCAAAUGGUCACCUCAAAGUUUGUUCCUGACCUAUCAGAAUGCCACGACAUUCUGGUUCCUGUCUGGAAAUAACAUUCAUCUCUACGGCGGUGGAACGAUUGACGGCAAUGGCCAAGUCUGGUGGGACACGUUCAACAAUACUCACAACGCUGGUACUGCUGGAGGCUCCUCAACGACCUUCGCUCGGCCAAUCCCCCUUACUGUUGGGAAUGCUAGCAAUGUGCUUGUAGAAAAUAUUACACAGAUCGGAUCCCCUUUCUGGGUACGUUUCGUCUAUCAAAGUACGAACAUUACCUAUAAGAACAUCAACAUCAGCACGGUGUCCUACUCAAGCAGCCCCACUGCCAACUCAGAUGGAUGGGACAUCUACAGGUCUUCAUUCGUAACCAUCCAAGAUUCUACUGUGAACAAUGACGACGAUUGUGUCUCAUUCAAACCAAAUAGCACCAACAUUCUCGUUAACAACAUGCAUUGCAAUGGGUCACAUGGGAUCUCAGUUGGUAGUCUCGGUCAGUAUGCUGGGGAGACAGAUAUAGUAGCGAACGUCUCAGUAAAAGACAUCGUCAUGAAUAACGCGCAAAACGGCGCUAGGAUCAAGGUUUUUGGCGGUUCGCCCAACCCUAAUAGCACUGCCGGAGGAGGGACUGGGUUUGUUCAGAAUGUAACUUUUGAGAACUUUCAUGUAACAAACGUCGCGAACCCUAUCCUCAUUGACCAAUGCUACUCGACCGACCCAGACAUAUGCGCUGAAUUCCCAAGCACCGUGACCAUAUCCGAUGUUCACUACAUCAACAUAACCGGCACCUCCUCCGGUUCCGAAGGCACCGUCGUCGUCGACAUAGAAUGUUCAGCUCAAUGUACAAAUAUCACUGCUACCGGGACAAAUUUGAGUUCGCCUGAUGGGAAUGCGACAUUUGUUUGUAAGAACAUCCAGAGUGUUGAUCAGCUUGAUUUCAAUUGUGACGCUUCCAGCUCGUAAGCUCGUUUCCGGCGGUGUUGGGUUGACCGAUCAAUACUACAGUAUCAGAACGAAUAAACAAGGCAUGGUAGGGUACGAAAAGUCCAGUGUGCUAGUAAUUGUAUGGACUGCACUCGCAGAAUCUCACUGUAUGUUUGAAAUACUUAUUGUUGUUGUAACGUCCGGAAGACGCACUUUGUCGCCUUCUACU